GGUGUUUUAAAAAAAAGUGGAAUAAAAGACAAAACAGGAGAGACCACCACCAUUAAUGACUUUCAUCGAUACCAACAACAAGACAUGACCUCCUCCGCCUCCUCCCGUCUCUUUUCAUUUUCUGACUAAUCCAGAUAUCUUUUUUUUUUUUCAUUCUUUCAAAAAAUCCGUCGAUUUCUCGUUUUGAUUUUGAAUCCGAAACAAAGACAAAACACCGGUAAACACGUGAACGUGUCAAGUCUGCUGUUUUGUUUCCAGAAUAACAAAUAGAUCUAAAAAAGCAAAUCAUCUGAAUACAAGUGAAAGAAAAAAACAAAAGGCAUUUCACGCUUUUUGAAUAAGGGAACUAGACUCACACGAUGGCUCCUGGAGGCAGUGCUUUGAAAGAAGUCCUUGAAUCCACUUCAACGGGAAUGGACUACGAGGUCAAAAUGGCGAAAGUGGAAUCUAAUAAUAGUAAUAAUAACAAACCUACAAAGUCAGGGAGUGGGAAGUACGGGAUGCAUUCGAACAAUGGUGUUUACGAGCUUCUUGAAUGUCCAGUGUGCACAAAUCUAAUGUACCCUCCAAUUCAUCAGUGUCCGAACGGCCACACCUUAUGUUCAAACUGCAAAGCGAGAGUGCAGAACACUUGUCCUACGUGUCGCUACGAGCUUGGCAACAUAAGAUGCUUAGCUCUCGAGAAAGUUGCGGAGUCCUUGGAAGUUCCGUGCCGGUACCAGAGUUUGGGGUGUCAUGACAUUUUCCCUUACUACAGCAAGCUUAAGCACGAGCAGCACUGCAGGUUUAGGCCUUACGCUUGCCCUUAUGCUGGCUCUGAGUGCUCGGUUACGGGUGAUAUCACCACGCUGGUUGUUCAUCUGAAAGAUGACCAUAAAGUGGAUAUGCAUGACGGAUGCACUUUCAACCACCGUUAUGUUAAGUCAAAUCCACAUGAAGUCGAGAAUGCUACAUGGAUGCUUACGGUGUUCAACUGCUUUGGGAGACAGUUCUGUUUACACUUUGAAGCGUUCCAGCUAGGGAUGGCUCCAGUGUACAUGGCAUUUCUUCGUUUCAUGGGAGAUGAAAACGAGGCAAAGAAGUUCAGUUACAGCUUGGAAGUAGGAGCUCAUGGACGUAAACUAACAUGGCAAGGGAUCCCUAGAAGCAUCCGUGACAGCCACAGGAAAGUCCGGGACAGUCAAGACGGUCUCAUCAUCCCAAGAAACCUUGCACUCUACUUCUCUGGAGGUGAUAGGCAAGAACUCAAGUUGAGAGUGACCGGUCGAAUCUGGAAAGAAGAGUAAAAAACCAAGAAAGAAAUGAUUGAAAAUUUGAUGUACAUAAGAAGAAGCCUCUCAAGGAGAGCUAGUGAUCAUAUAUGGAAGAUUUGAAAUUGGUCGUCUGGUUUUAGUAUGUUAUAAUGAAUUCUUCUCCAAUGGGGGAUGAAGUUGAGAUGAUGAUGAUAGUCUUCUACGAUGAAUCAGUCUGGAGGCAACCAUUGCUACCAUCUCUGUACUCUUUUUUUUUUUUGUUGUUGUUGGGUUUGUGUGGUUUCAGACAGGGAAUGUAGGAAGAGACACAUGAUUUUGGCUAUGUCCUUUUAUAAAACCAUGAACCAGUUUCAUAACU